AUGGCUCUAUAUCUCAUCCUCUUUCUCAUCCUUCUCCUCCAUCUCGAUUCCUCCCGCUCAACCCAAUCACGUUUUUUCGAACUCAUGAAAAGCUCGACUCGGGGCGACUCGCUGUCCAGCUGGCAACUAAACGACACCAACAACAACACACACUACUGCAAUCUCCCCGGCAUCUCCUGCGACCACCAAGAAAACAUCAUCCAAGUCGACAUCUCUGGCUGGCUCCUCACCGGCCGAUUCCCGGACGACAUAUGCACCUACCUCCCGACCCUCCAAAUCCUCCGUCUGGGCCGCAACACCUUCACGAGAUUCCCGCGCGGCCUCACUAACUGCUCCCACCUCCGAGAGUUCAACGCCACUCGGGCCUACUUCACGGGCCCCUUCCCCGACCUCUCCCCGCUCCAAAAAACCCUCCAAAUCCUUGACCUCUCUGAAAACCGGUUCUCUGGGGACUUCCCCGUGUCGGCCCUGACGAACCUCACGAAUCUCGAGUCGGUGAACCUCAACAACAACCAGAGGCUGAACCUCUGGCAACUUCCGAACAGCAUGACGAGCCUAACGCGCCUCAAGUCCAUGAUACUCACCACGUGCAUGCUGGGCGGGACGAUCCCACCCUCGCUCGGGAACAUGACUUCGCUCGUCGACCUCGAGCUGAGCGGGAACUACCUCGUCGGGCCCGUACCGAAAGAGCUUGGCCGGCUCCCGAACCUGAAGCUGCUCGAGCUUUACUACAAUCAGCUCGAGGGCGAGAUCCCUCCCGAGCUCGGGAAUCUUACUGGGCUCACGGACCUUGACAUCUCGGUCAACAGGCUAGUCGGGAGAAUCCCGGACUCCAUCUGCCGACUUCCGAUGAUCCGUAUGUUGCAGUUCUACAACAACAGUCUCGUAGGCUCGAUCCCCGAGUCGAUUGGGAACUCGACCACUCUGUUCACCCUGUCCCUCUACAGAAACUACCUGACGGGCCGGGUCCCGCCAGGGCUCGGGCGGUUGUCGGGCCUGGUCGGGCUGGACCUAUCCGAGAACCAGCUCUCGGGCCCGCUGCCCGACGGGCUCUGCAGCAUGGGCAAGCUCAAGUUCCUCCUUGUGCUCCAGAAUUCCCUGUCCAGGGAGAUUCCAGCCUCCUAUGCCGAGUGUGAGUCCCUCAUACGGUUUCGUGUUAGCAGUAAUAAUUUGGAAGGGAAGAUACCGCCGGGAAUAUUUGCCCUGCCCCAUGUGUCCAUCAUUGAUGUCGAGAAAAACAACUUAACGGGCCCAAUACCGGAGGACAUCCGGGCCGCGAAGAACUUGUCGGAGCUCUUCAUGCACGGGAACCGGAUUUCGGGCAGAAUCCCACGAGAGAUAGCUCGGGCCACUAAUCUGGUUAAAAUCGACCUAAGCGCAAACCUCUUAUCAGGCCCUAUCCCCUGGGAGAUUGGGAGCCUUAAAUCGCUGAAUCUGUUGAUGCUGCAGAACAAUGAGCUGAGCUCGAAUAUACCCGAGUCCCUCUCCAACCUGAAAUCCCUCAACGUGCUGGACCUGUCGAGCAACUGCCUGACUGGAAAUGUCCCGGGGAGCCUGAGCAGGCUCCUGCCCAAUUCCCUCAACUUCUCCAACAACCGGCUCUCAGGCGAGGUCCCGUUCCCGUUGGUUAACGGCGGUGUCCUGGAGAGCUUCACAGGAAACCCGGGCCUCUGCCUGGGGCCCACAUAUGGGAACACCACCACCUCGUCAGGAGCGAAUUUUCCGAUUUGCCCUUCGGCUUUCCCGGACAGGCGGAGGACGAGUAAUUCGCUUUGGGCCGUAGGAGUGUCCGUCUGCAUCCUUGUGAUUGGAGCCGUCCUGCUUUUCAGGACGUGGUACCGGAAAAACAAGCUGCAGCAGGUUUAUUACGAAAAUGGAUUCGCCUCAUACGACGUGAAGAGCUUCCACCGCCUGAGCUUCGAUCAGCGCGAGAUUUUGGACGCCAUGGUGGACAAGAACAUUGUGGGGUAUGGAGGGUCUGGGGCCGUCUACAGAAUCGAGCUCAACAGUGGGGAGACUGUCGCAGUCAAGAAGCUAUGGGCACCCAACACCAACAACAAUAAUAAUAGUAAUAAUAAAAAAUGUAUUGAUGAUGAUGAUGUGACAGAGGUUCUAGACAGGGAGCUGAAGACGGAGGUGGAGACGCUAGGGAGCGUGCGUCACAAGAACAUCGUGAAGCUCUACUGCUAUUUCGCGGGGCCUGCCUGUAGCUUGCUUGUUUACGAGUACAUGACGAAUGGGAAUUUGUGGGAUGCUCUUCACGAGGGGAAAGGAUUCUUGGAUUGGCCGAUAAGGCACCAGAUAGCACUUGGGGUGGCACAAGGCCUGUCCUACCUGCACCAUGAUCUCAUGCCGCCCAUCGUGCAUAGGGACAUUAAGUCGACUAAUAUAUUGUUGGACGUCGAUUAUUUGCCUAAGGUGGCCGAUUUUGGGAUAGCUAAGGUGCUGCAGGCCAGGGGGUCCAAGGACUCUGCCACUACCACUCUUGUUGCCGGAACAUACGGCUAUUUGGCGCCUGAAUACGCGUAUACUUCCAAGGCGACUACCAAAUGCGACGUCUACAGCUUCGGCGUGGUAUUAAUGGAGCUACUGACGGGGAAAAGGCCGGUCGAGCCAGAAUUCGGCGACAACAAGAACAUCAUAUAUUGGGUCGCAACUAAAGUCGAGACCAAAGAAGAGGCCGCUGUUGUGUUGGACAAGCGCGUUUUGGGCAUGUACAGAGAGGACAUGAUUAAAGUCCUCAAGAUCGCAAUACGUUGCACGUGCCGAAAUCCGGCUUCACGGCCAGCUAUGAACGAGGUGGUACAGCUCCUUAUCGAGGCCGACCCUUGCAAAUUCGACUGCUGCAAGUUUUUUUCCGGCAAGGACAAUAACGACCAAGGAGAAAAUAAUGAUCCCAUCAAGAUUAAGGAGCAGCUUGAUAUAUGA